UUCCGUUGCCUGACCCAAAUCGAAAUAAUCGCGUCCACGAUUCACGACUGAUCGUGAGCGACGCGUUGGUGAUUCGCGUAAACCACCGCCGCCACUUGACCUUGUCAACUACGACAUCCAUAGCCGUCCUGUCUCACCAUCAGUCUUGGACCCAAUUUGACCUGUCGGACUUAUCGCAUCGCACUCGAUCAUCGAAUCGAAGCGACUUCCGACAGACUUAUCUAGGCAUAUACGACUGGGUGUCUCCAUCCAUUGACAAACACUCGUCACUUUAAACAUGUCGCUGCUUCGGAGAGCGCAGCAGCAAAUCGCGCACACAUCCACGCUACCUGCUUUGGGCAACAAGGAUCUGAGGUCGCUGCAGGAUGUUAUCACCAACGAAAAGGAAUUCAUCAAGUCUGGUGCUCGUGCAGGCAGCGACUGGCAGCGAAGUGCGGAAUCGCUAAAGUCGUGGGGAGAGUCGGAAGGCGAGGAUCUGGCAGACAUUACGCAUAAGCUCUGCUCAUUGAUGGCGCACUACAAUUCUGCCAACACUCGCUUUGCCUCUCAUCUCGCCACCACACGUUUGCACUUCAAAGCUAUUCGCACUCGCGAGGAAGCGUUGGCCCAGCUCAAAAAUUCGAAAGCGCGAUUGGCUUCGAGAAUUGAAGGUCUGGAGAAGAAACUGGCAAAGAUGGGACCGGAGAACAAGGAGCUUAUGAAGACGACGACAGAUCUCAAAGAUCGAAGAAACGAGAUGGAGGUGAUGAGCAGAGAGCUGUUGGAAGAGGAAGCCAACAUAGGUGAUUUUAAGAGAAAGACGGUCAAGGAGGCUAGCGGCCUCAAGCUUGGAGGUCUACUCGAGUUUGCCGAGAAAAUUACUAUCAUUGCCGAGGUGGGCAAACUGAUGAUCGAGCAGAUUCCGCUCGAAACGACUACACCUGGACAGCAGCGUGCCCCCUACUAUGGGCAUGCGAAGACUGAACAACUGCUCUCCGAAGCCACGCAAUUUAUUGCAGAUGUCGGAUUUGCACCUGGCCCCUCGGACGGCCGACCGCCUCGCGGCAAUCAUCUGCCCGAUGAUAGCUUGGACGCAGGCAAUCCAUACAACGGUCAGGAUAAUGCAGACGUUGACCUAGCUAGAGAGGACAGUGAGACGGCGGACACAAACCCGUACAUCACAGGUGCUCAGCUCAACGGCACCCCAAUCUACGCAGCACAUGCUACACUACCGCCAUCCGGUGCCGAUGCAGCGCAUUGGAGUUCCGCGGACGCUCGGAACCAAGCGGAAGAUCAGCAUCAAUCGGGCAACAACUUUGACAAUUCUCACUUGCAAGCUGAUGCGCAGAACGUUUGGACUGAGGAGCGCAUUCAGACGCCUGUUGACGAGCGCGUGGGUCGUUGGCAACAGGAUAACGUAGCUCGUCCCAACGGCUCUGCUGCAGGCAGCAGGCAGAACAGUACUCAUGAUGUCAGAGCCAGUGCAGCGUAUGGAGGUAUCAGCUAUGGCGCGGACGAGGAUGGACCUGGAGAUACACAGCCUUCCGGGCCCAGACUAGGAUUGCAUGAUCCGAGUGGAGCUCCUGCCUCCUACUAUAGUCAGAGCGCUGCAGCCCCGGAAGCGUCGACUGGACCCAGGUUGGGUAUGCAUGAUCCGGAAUCAACGUACUACAGUCAUGCCCCGACCAUCGCGCCGCCACGCAUCUCCACUCCUGCAAACGGCUCUGCUCACAGCCACAAUCCGCCUACAAGCAGCUAUGCUGCUGCGCCGAGCUCGCCCGGGGCGAACCGGCAGUCAGCGACGCUCGCGUCCUUGAGCGCUGCAGCAGCGUCUUCGUCGGACUUUCAGCCUCCGUCCUUGCCCCCUGUGAGGACUUCUUCACCGUUCCGCUCCGGAGGGUACGAAGCGCCCGAAGGAGGCAGAAAGGUCAGCGCAGCAGCUUUCAGGAAAGGCUUCAAUCGCAACCCUUCUUCAAGCAACGUGGCUGCAAUGGGCAUUGGAUCUGGGGCUGCAGCGCAUGGUGAUCAGGGCACCUAUGGUAGUCAGGUGUCUAGCCCUGUCGUUGGCAACGAGGAAGGUGCUGAAGGUACCACUGCACCGCUAUCCAUUCGCAGAAGGAUGAGUUCGGGCCUAGGUCUGAACGUCACCGACCCCGUUCCUCCUUAUGCCGAUCAGUCUCACAACGGACCAGCCGGCUCAAAUGCACACCUGGCAUGAGCCAGCCUGCCCAAGGCCUUUAGCUCGCUGCCGUGCUUGCGACAAA